UGUGCGUCAUAUGCAUUGAGAAGAACAGUGGAGGAUGCAGUAUCAAAGAGUACACCAGAAGCCACACAGACAGUCCUCAAGAACUUCUAUGUGGAUGACUGCUUGAAGUCGGUAGCCACAGAAGACAAAGCCGUUGCUCUUGUCAGGGAGCUGAUGACGCUGUGCGCCAGUGGUGGUUUCCAUUUGACCAAGUGGGUCAGCAACAGCCGAGCCCUGCUGGGCUCCAUUCCUGACCACGAACGAGCGGCUGAAGUCAAAGAUCUCGAUUUGGAGCAUGAUGAGUUACCAGUGGAACGAGCAUUGGGCGUGCAGUGGUGCACAAGUUCUGACAGCUUCAGGUUCAAAAUACAUCUGCCGGACAAGCCAUACACAAGACGGGGCAUUUUAUCUGUAGUCAGUUCGGUGUAUGACCCAAUGGGUUUUUUGGCACCACUCCUACUACCUGUCAAGCUCAUUUUAAGAGAUCUCUGCCAAGAGAAGAAAGGUUGGGACGAAGAGAUCCACGAAAAGUCAUGCCAGACAUGGAUGAAGUGGCUGACAGACUUAGACAAGCUUUCAGAACUCAGUCUGAACAGAUGUUUCAAACCCCCUGCAUUUGGGCCUACAAAGGUUGCUCAAAUCCACAAUUUCUCAGACGCUAGUCAAGAUGGAUAUGGCGUUGUGUCGUAUCUCUUGCUGACAAAUGAUCGGGCUGAGAAACAUGUAUCGUUCUUGAUGGGAAAGUCCAGAGUCGCUCCACUCAAACAGAUCACGAUCCCGAGAAUGGAGUUGACAGCAGCGACUGUUGCAGUCAAGAUCGAUCGGAUGUUGAAAGAAGAACUUGAAGUUCCCCUGAUGGAGUCGGUCUUCUGGACAGAUAGUACAACAGUACUGAAGUACAUUGAAAACGAUGCCCUUAGUUUCAAGACAUUUGUGGCAAACCGUGUCUCUUUCAUUAGAGAAGCGACUACAUCUUCUCAGUGGAAGUAUCUCAACACCUCACAAAACCCAGCCGAUCAGGCUUCAAGAGGUUUGAAGAUCCAGAGCUUCAUGGAAAGUAAAAGCUGGUUUCAGGGGCCUAGUUUCCUGCAAAAAGAAGUUGAAUGGCCGGAACAACCUGAACAGUGUACUUACUUGACUGAAGAUGAUGUUGAGGUGAAGACAUCCGCUGCAGUGUCAUGCACAAACUCAAACAAGUUCACAGAUCUAUUGAACCAGCUCGUUGAGUAUUAUUCCAGUUGGCAUAAGCUGAAAAAAGCGUCAGCCUGGAUUUUGCACUUGAGAAGGACGUUGCGGCACCUGAGCGAGAAGAGAAAAGAGUUUGAGCAGAACAUACAGGAGAAUGAGAUUGAUCCAGGUAAAUGCAGAUCAAUAGUUGAAAAGCAAAUGGUGAUGUGCAAGAAGAACCUGGAAAAAAGAAUACUUACCGUGGAAGAUCUAUCCAGAGCUGAAAUGGAACUGGUUAAAUACAGUCAGAGACAAGCUUACACAGAGGAGAUACAAGCCUUGCAGCCGGGAGGCUCCCGUGUGAAAAAGAACAGUUCUAUCUUCAAACUGGAUCCAUACUUGCAAGAUGAUGUGUUGAGAGUAGGAGGACGUUUGAACAGAUCGGCGAUGCCUGAGGAGGCCAAGCAUCCUGCCAUUUUGCAUAAACAGCACAGAAUAGCUCACCUCAUUCUCCACCACAUCCAUCAAGAGUGUGGACAUGGAGGUAGGAACCACAUCUUAGCCAUAUUGCGACAACGGUUUUGGAUACCAAGAGCCAAUGCAGCAGCAAGAAAAGUGAUUUCAGAGUGCAACCUCUGCAGAAGACUCCAUGCAAAGGCAGGAGAGCAGAAAAUGGCAGAUCUGCCACAAGACCGUCUGCUUCCUGACAAACCACCCUUCACCAACACGGGUGUGGAUUAUUUUGGACCUUUUGAGGUCAGAAGAGGACGUGCAAAGGUUAAGCGUUAUGGAGUGCUCUUCACAUGUUUAACUGUCAGGGCAGUGCAUAUAGAAGUAGCCCAUUCUCUUGACACCGAUUCAUGUAUUAAUGCCAUACGGCGUUUUCAAGCAAGAAGAGGCCAAGUGUCAAUCAUUCGUUCCGACAAUGGCACAAACUUUGUCGGUGCUGAACGAGAGCUGCGUGAGGCAUUGUCAGAGCUGGAUCAGUCUCGUAUCAAUGAAGUCAUGAUGAGAAAGGGUGUGCAAUGGAUUUUCAACCUGCCUGCUGCAUCCCAUCACGGCGGUAUCUGGGAACCAACAGCUCUUAGAAGAUGA